AUGGAUAAGGAUGUUUGCCCGAAUAACCCACCCCCUAAAAAAAACUUUGAGGAAGCCGAGGAAAUAAUUCAUUUGGAUUAUCCUCAAUUAAGGCGAGCCGCCAACCAUGUUAACGAUAUUGUAGAGAGAGAAAUUGCCGAUGGUAUUCCGCCGGAAAGGAUUUUCGUCGCCGGUUAUUCCCAAGGUGCUUUAUUAACUUUGGCCGUGGCUCUAACUUCCCAGCACAAAUUAGCGGGUAAAAAAUCUUAUGACCUUUUGAAAGAACGGGGUUAUAAUGUUGAAUUUAAAACUCAUCCUGGUUUAGGACAUAUUUGGAAAAAUGAAGAGGUGAUUGAAUUUUUAAAAAAAAAUUUGACCGAACACUAUCAAAAACCACCAAAACAAACUGAUAAUACUGGCGAUAAUAACCAAAAGAGGAUACUAAUUUCCAUAGCAAUAAUUAGCGGAAUAGUCGUUUUUAUGACAAUUAUAAUUAUCAGUAGUGGUUUAACUCGCCGGGCUCAUAAUCCGGAGAUCGGAGGUUCGAAUCCUUCCCCCGCCACCAAUUUACACACUAUGAAAAUUAUUAAAGAGACUCGAAUGACCGAACUUUCAUUUAAUAAGAAAACCAAUAAACUUCUUUUUUUUAUUAAGCAAUUUACUUACACCCCCAAAAUAGUUAGAUAUAAGACUAGAAAUUAUGUUAAAUAUCCAAUUUAUGAUGGUUAUUCAGAAAGAACAAAAUUAAUAAGAAAGUUUGAUAAGGCAAUUAAUCCCAUAAAGUUUGUAAAUGAAGAUAUUUUGGAAUUAGAUUUGGAAAAACAUUUUAUCUUGUCUAUUAUUGAAAAGAUUUCAGUAAUUCCAGAAUGA